AUGGUUGGCCGUCUGAAUAUUCUACUCGCAUUCAACCUCGCCGUGGUCACAGUGGUGCGAGCGGCGGGCCCAGUAACCUCGUUGGUCGUCUCUAAUGGGCCAGUGAACCCCGAUGGCUUCCAGCGAAACGCUGUUGUCGUCAACUCGAGCUUCAUCGGUCCCGUGAUUACUGGACGAAAGGGAGACACAUUCAAGAUCAACGUGAUUAACCAGUUGACUGAUCCCGAAAUGGAAAGGACAACGACCAUCCAUUGGCACGGACUCACUCAAGAUUAUACCAACUGGGCAGACGGCACGGCUUCUGUCACGCAAUGCCCCAUCGCCCCGAACGCUGAAUACCUAUAUGAAUUCCAAGCGCACCACGCCGGGACGUUUUGGUAUCAUUCGCAUCUGUCUUCACAGUACUGCGACGGCUUGCGGGGCGCUUUCGUUGUGUACGACCCGCAAGAUCCCCAUCGUGACCUCUAUGAUGUGGACGAUGAAUCGACUAUUAUAUCUCUGGCUGAUUGGUACCACACCGCUGCGAAGAAGAUCUCGGCCACUACGCAUUUCGGUAUUCCUGACGCUGGUCUCAUCAACGGCGUUGGCAGACAUUAUCGUGGAUUAGACACGGACAAGACUAAAUUGACGGUUAUUAAAGUCAAGAAAGGAAAGCGUUACCGAAUGCGUCUUAUCAACAUGGCAUGUGACCCCAUGUUCAAGUUCUAUAUUGAGGGACACGACGUAGACAUUAUCGAAGUAGACGGGAUCAGUCAUAAGAAAUUGACCGUCGACUCGUUGAAGAUCUACGCCGGCCAAAGAUACUCCUUUAUCCUCGACGCUAAUAAACGAGUUGACAAUUACUGGAUCCGUUCCAAACCCAACGCUGGACUUGAGCAGAGCUUUAUCAAUGGAUUGAAUUCCGCUGUGUUGAGAUACGAAGGCGCACCCGACGUGGAACCGGAUCCUACGGAUGAGGACGAUGUUAUUCAGAAGUUGAACAAGCCUCUGAAAGAGUCCAAGCUUGCCCCACUAGAAAGGCUCAAUGUUCCCGGCCAACCUCGACCCGGAGGCGUCGAUUAUGCUCUCCACCUGCAAUGGGGAUUUAAUAAAACAACACCAAACUUCAUGGUCAACAAAAAAGAAAUGGUCGCCCCCAGCGCUCCAGUUCUAUUACAGAUCCUGAGUGGUACCACGGAUCCAAGCAAGUUGCUCCCGAAGGGAAUGGUUUAUCCUCUGCCCAUGAACUCGUCAGUGGAAAUCUCGAUGUCGGGAGGAAUUCUUGGGAUUGAGCAUCCCCUCCAUUUGCACGGUCACUCUUUUGAUGUUGUCCGAGUCGCAGGAAGCAACGAAUACAACUACGUCAACCCCGUACAUCGGGACGUCGCCAACACCGGAGGAUUGCGAGAUAACGUUACCAUUCGUUUCCGGACCGACAACCCUGGACCAUGGUUCCUCCAUUGUCAUAUUGAUUGGCAUUUGGUCACUGGUAUGGGUAUCAUCUUUGCGGAGGGUAUCAAUCAGACGAGGACAGAUAUCAAACCUCCAGCCGCAUGGAACGAGCUCUGCGCUAAGUAUGAUGCUCUUCCUCCUGAUGUCAAGGGUGGCGAGUAAGUUAAAAAAACCAAAAGUAUUAAUUCAUUAAGCACUUUCACCCCGCUUGGAUCGUGUCGUUCUUGCAACAGCUAGAACUACAACACCACCAUUUUCUUGCCUGUAUACCCUAGUAAUAACAAUGAACAAAAUGACUGAUCAGCACC